CAGCGUUUAUGGCGCAUGUUUCUGCUUCCUGCUCGCAAGCGUGAACUUUUUUCUUUGCUCCCUGCUGAAAUAAAGUGGUGGAUGGGGUAGGAAUGAGAAAUAUCGAUUUUUCAGACUAAAUUUACACCUAUUGCGCUGUGUAAAAUACUUGGUACUGCAGAAACAUUAAAGUGGCAGUCCAGUGCGUGGGACAUAAUAUUUGGAAGUGAAUCCGUGUAAAAGUUUGAAUGCUUUAAUAUAAUAAAUAUGAGUACACGCCCUAAACGUUCUACGUCUGAAGGAAAUUCGUUCAACAUGUGGGUGUCGACUAAUAAAGUGUUAAUAGGCUCUGUAGGUGGACCGAAGAAGCCACACUGUCGCAAUCCAAAUUUUGAUUUUGAAGAAACAAAACUGCUGAUUUCCCUCUGGGGUGAUCCUUCAGUGCAGAAAACGUUAGUGACAACUCACAAGAAACAUCCGGUAAUAGCCGGAUUGGCUGAAAAAAUGCGUGAGUAUGGAUACAAUAGAUCGACUGAAGAGAUCAACACGAGGAUCAAGAACAUAAAAUGCUUUUACAAUCGGAUCAAAAAAGAUCUUGAAACCGGUAUAGUUACAUCGUGGAAGCAUUUCCAAGCUAUGGAUGAAAUUAUGACUCGUCCAGUAUUUGGCAAUAAUCAACAAUCCAAUUCUGAGGCAGGUCCAUCAAAUGAUGAUAUUUCGUCAUCAGAUCAGGUACAAGUGAAACUUGAAAUGGUUACUGACGAUGACAAAGAAAUAAGAACCGAUGAAUUGCUGAAAAAUGCAGAACAAGUUGAACUGAAGGAACCAAAUUUGUUGAUACCAAAAGACGAACCAAUGGACCAGGACAAUGAUGAUGAUGAUCCCAAUGAUCCAGAUUUUGAAAAUGAUGGAGAUGAUGAGGAAGAAAGUAUGAGCGAUGACAGCGACGAGUCAGAUUUUGAUAUAGACGAUGAACGUAGAAGAGCACGUUUGCGCAGACGGACUUCUCGCAAACCAUCCAAGGUGAAUGUAAAUAAACCAACGAGUGCACCAGUGGCUUCAUUACCCGCUAUAACAGUGGUAUCAUGUGCACCAACAAUCACGACUCCGACAAUAACAAGUCCAGUGCAAACAAAGGCUCCAGCUCCAGCUCCGGUUCCAGCUCCAGCUCCAGCUCCAGCUCCAGCUCCGGCUCCAGCUCAAGCUCCGGCUCCAGCUCCUGGCACCAUAAAAAUAAUUAAUUACACUGGAAACUCCGGCAUCAACUUUUCAACUAUAGUUCCCAAUUCGAAUGUUAUUGCUCAAUCUUCAGGGCAAAAUGUGACAAUUGUUCCAAGAACUACUACUACCGCAUCUAAUACGGCUGGGAAAAUAUCUCUAGUUCCAACCAAUUUUCUCCUCAAGCAACAGGCACCUAAGAUAAAUUUCAACUCACCAAUUCAGCUCUACACCAAGCCAACAGUAUCUGUUGCCAGUAAUGUGUCGACUUCCACAAUCGUGUCCUCUUCUAAUUCCGUACAACCUAUGAAACUACUAUUUGUGAAUACUGCAGGAAGUCAGAAACAACAGAUCAUUACUCCUUCGAAGCACAUUUAUACCACUACUCCAACGUCCAUAGCACAAACAACUUCAGCAACUCAAAUAUCUAUUCAACCUAAACCCGUAAUAACAGCGGCAGCAAGUCUAAUGGCCAUCCCUCAAAAGAAGCCUGAUCCUCCACCACCAGUGACGAUUACUCCAGUGGCUCCAAGACAAGACGGAAUCAAAGCACUGCUUGGACAAUUGGUAUCUGUUCAACGGGAAAACUUGGCUCUUUCUCGCAGCAGAGCUACCGUUGAGAAGGAACGUUUCAACAACGAGAAGCAAAUUGUUUGCUCCCUAGUGGAGGCAUUGAAUGACUUAAAUAAUAUGCUACAAGGUUUCAGCAGCACCGUGAAUAUUGGAGAUGAAUAUGGGUUUGGAACUUCUCAACCAAUGUCCAACGAAUCCGAUGGUGCCGAUUCCAGGAUGAAUGAUAAUAAUCAGGACGUACCCCCAGUUGGUAGCCUUAUUCCUGUCGUUGACACUAUUAAAGCAGAAGUGAUUAGUGAUUCCGAUUGAACGAACAAGAUAACAAGAGCUC